AUGGCGAUGGACAUUGGCACGCUCAUAAAAGUGGCUUUUUUUGCACUGAUAAAGUUGGUAUUCAUCGCAUUGAUGGGGUUUGUAGCAGCGCGUUGGGUUGGGUUUGACACCACUGUCCGAGCGGGGUGGUCACGCCUGAUAUUCACCUUUUUCAUGCCGGCAAUAGUGUUUUACCAGACUGCGACUGCGAUAUCCGAAAUCAGUGAAUUAAAGGAGUUGUGGAUAUUACCCGUGUUUUGUAUAGCUCAUAUGAUACUUGAGUUUUUUGGAUCAUUACUCCUAGGCACUCUUUUACGAAUACCAAAACUCGACAAUCGGGUCUUUACAUUCACGUUAGGUUUUGGUAAUGUGAUGUAUAUACCAAUGGCAGUUAUUGAAGCUCUCACGACAGAGACAAAUGAAUUGGGCGACAAAGCCAAGGAUUUAGCUUUCAGUUAUAUAUGUACAUAUCAGCUCUCCUUUAUGGUCGGAUUUUUUGUGUUAGGAUACAACUACAUCAACUUAAAUGUAAGAGACACUGCGUUACAAGAACAACAGAAGGCACAGGCGGAGACUGAAAUGGCAGACAAAAUUAAAACGUCCGAUGAGAAAAGUUCAAAAGAAAUUGCGACGACAAGUUCCUCAUCUGACAAAGAUUCUGUUGAAAUUGUUUUAGAAGACCAAAAGAACAUGACGGUGGUGACUCACAUGGAAAAUGAAAGUAAUACUUCGGAAGAAAAGGACGACCACAACGAAAAGUCUGAGAAUACAAUCGAAAAGCAGCACAACACAACGGUAAUACCACCGCACGAUAAUUUAGACGAGGGAUUGAAUGACCACAAUUCCUCUCAAAAUGGUUUGCCAACAAAAGAUUCGACCGUCCAUCAUUUUAUUCAAAUGUGUUCACAAAAGAUCAAAAGAGUCUUUCUCAUAAUCGCAACACCAUUUCUCUUUGUCUGGAACAAACUCCCUUCGAUCGUCAGGUUCUCUAUCAAAAACUUCUUCUCAAUCCCAACUAUGGCGGCUAUAUUGGGAAUCAUCUUCAUGUUAGUCAAAUGGAUACGUGAUCCACUACUCAUCCGUGGGGAUUGGAGUAUCAUUGGGAGAUGUAUCUACUACUUGGGAAGCUCUACUGUCUUUUGUGCGCUGUUUUUGUUGGGCGGAAGUUUAUCAAAUGGACCACGAGGGGGAAAUAUUCCAACGUGGAAAAUACUCAUUGGGCUUGCGUAUCGGAUGGUGGUGUUCCCAGUUGUUGCGUGGGUUGCAACAUAUUUGAUGUAUAGGUACCGAGUGUUGCCUGAUAACAAAGUGAUGUAUUUUGUACUUCAAUUGGAAUCGUUCACACCCCCUGCACUCAACUCUAUUAUUGUUGUCAACGUGUGUUACCCAAAGGGAACGGAUUCGUCUUCGACGAUAUUGUUCUGGUGUUACAUGCUUACGAUUGUCACAAUGGCUGUAAACAUCAUUGUUACAAUGAAAUUCAUCGAUGUGUAA